UUAUCAUUGGUGAUUUCCCUCUAGAAGCUCUGGGGAAUUUGGUAAGCUAGGGUGGAACUCUUAGGAUAGAGUUGAAUACAGUCUAUACCUGCUGGAGACAAUACUUUCUUUCAAACUGCUUUGGCUGGACAGCAUGCCGACACUGCUGGAAGGUGCGAUGGACACCUUAAUCAAGGUCUUUCACCAUUACUCAGCAAAAGAGGGGGAUAAAUAUAAACUCAAUAAAGGAGAACUUAAACAGCUCCUCACCAGCGAACUUACUGACUUCCUUUCGUGUCAAAAGGAUCCGCAGUUGGUUGAUAAGAUUAUGCAAGAUCUUGACAGCAAUAAAGACAAUGAAGUGGAUUUUAAUGAAUUUGUGGUUCUGGUUGCUGCACUUACUGUUGCAUGCAAUGAUUUCUUUGAAGAGCAAAUGAGGAAAAAGGGAGAAUAGAAAUGGUUGCACUCGCCUUUUGGACAGGAUGGGAGACAGUAACUUCAACUGAACCAAGAUUUCAUCUUUUCUUUUGUGUUUUCCCUUCUUCUCCAGCAAUACAAGCUUUCCUAACAGCGUUCUCUAAUCUGUUUUUAUAUCUGUGCUCAUUCAUAAGCUAAAAGUGUGCUAAAAGCCAAUGUGUUACUUACAGCAAUUGUAGUUGCAAAUGGAAUGUAAAUAUGGCUGCUAUAUGUAUUGGACCUUUACAUUUGUCACCAGAUGGCAUCUUGGAUGCUGUGUUGUAGGUCACCCCUUGAGACGGGCAACCAGUUCCACUGUCCUUCUGAGUAAGGGUGAAACAGAUAGCUCAGAGCCACAUCAUAACUGCUUAACAGUUUGUGGUGUCGUGUCUGCCCUAUGUGAGAUGAUAGUGAUUUCACCAUGAGAUUGAGGACACCAUUACCACCUCUUUCUCUGGAUUUCUGAGCAGCUGUGGAGAGGUAGUCAUACUAGGACUAACUGUAUGGUUAUAGGCUACAGCCACACACACACGGUAUAGGCACUCCACAGCCAGGUUUUAAAUUGUUAAUACAGAGCUCCUGGCCACUUGAGUCCAUCCGUAAUGCAGAGCUCUAAGUGUAUCGGCAAAUGGCAACAUAACUUUUCUGUUUCUCCAGAAACUGCAAGCAUAAUUGCAAGGGCAGGGGGAAGAGUACAGGUGCUGAUCAGCUCUUUCCUGGUGAGAAGAAUAUUUUGCCCAAAACAGGCAAAGAAAGAGGAAAGUCAAAGCCAUGUAUGCCUCCUAAAUGAUUCAUCUGGCCAAAGGCCAGAUUUGAGUGAAAAAUUGGAGGUAGUCUCACCUUUAAUGGACCACAGUAUCUCUUAGCUCUAUCAUGUUUCCUAGCACCCUGUCAAUGGCUUAACAAGUAUUCACCCCCAAGAGGCUCACCAAAAGAAAGUACUUGAGACAAGCCAGCCAGUCUAUCCCCCUGAUUCGGAAGCUCUUUUCUCCAUGUAUCUUUAUAUUGCUUUCCCCCCCUCAAUAUCUUCUCAAUAUCUAACUGCUUGAAAAGAUCCAUCCAAAAGAUUUUCACAAACCACUUCUGGGUUCUGUUUUAGAAUUACUGGGUUUAGGGUUCAGUUGUUAUAAGAAUGCAGGUGGUUCUGCUGCAUGACUGUUUUCUCCCAUUAACAUUUUAUAUUUUAUUCUUUUAAUGUAGUUUAAAUAAACUGCAAUAAAA